AAAUCGGCACCACUGAGUGACCGAAAUCCAGGCCUCGGCUGACUGAAUAUUGUGUCUGUCUUGUCGUGAGGUUCGGUUUGCUUCGGUGAAGGCGAAAGCUCUGGUUCUCUAGGACCUACUUCCCCUGCUGCCGCUGACAGGCGGUGCUUCGGUCGCUCCCAAACAUGGCCUCCAUGACGGAGCGGCCGCUCCAACUUUGAUUUUCAGACGUUUUAACGCGCAGAAAUUCUGUUUUUAUCAGCAGCGACCCACGGGCAUGCUUCCACGGAGCGCAUGGCGCCGGCAAACCCACGAAACUGAGGUUUUCUGUGGGAGAAGCUCGCGGUUCUGACUGGUCGGAAAGCUGCAGACGAAGAAGAAAACCGCGUCAGAACAAAUGCCAUCAGAGGCUCACCCCCAAGAGCCUCGGGACAGAGGACCACCUUCCCUCAUCACACGGGCCGGACGCAAUGCUCAGCUAGCCAAAGCUGCACACAACAGUCCUGCCCAGGAUAAGCGGCCCCGCGGACGACCACGGAAAGACGGAAGCAAUGGUCGGCCUGCCCCUCCUCCGGCUCCCCCACCUCCCCCACCCCGCAGCUCAAGAAAAAAGGGAAGGAGUCGAGGCCAGGCACAGGUUGAAAAUGAAGAGAGCAUGGACGCCGCAGAGAAGGAGGAGCCUCAGAAGACAGAACUGAAGGAAGUCAGGGCAGCAGGACGAAGGCGGUCCACUUCAAGGAGAAAACCCGACACAAACCCUGACCUAGACCUGGACCCUGACCCUGACCCUGACCCUGACCCUGAACCUGAACCCAGCCAGGAACGGCUCAGUCCACCACCAGAACCUGAGCCUGGGACAGUCUCAAAGUCCAGUCCAGAGCCGCCUUCUACUGCUGAGAAGGAUCUAACCAGUCCUCCUCCCACUGUUCUACUCCCACCUCCCAGUCCUGAGGAGCACCCUAAUGUCUGCUCCGUGCUCCCACCUCCAGACCUUAAUUUGUCCCCCAGACUGGAUCCCAGUCCGGUUGAAGAAGAGCGGCCCAGCCUGAUACGCAGCCCUGCUGAGCGGAGUCCUGCCCCCAGCCUCCGCUGCAGUCCUCCUGUGUCCCCCUGCCUGAGGCUGGACGAUGAGGACGAGGACUCACUGUCCCCAAUGUACCAGCGGUCUCUGUCAGAGGACUCUGGUGGCUCACCCACCCCCAUUCUUGGACACGCCAAAAAGCGGCGGAAGCAGUGUGCCUUCUGUUACCGUGGUGACGAGCCUCUUCUAGGCCUGGGCCGCCUGGUAGUGUUUGGCCCGACCCCCGGUUACAUUCCACUCCACAUUCUCAACCGUCGCACCUCCUCUGACCGGGACAGCGACUGUCACGAACACUGCUUCCAUGACAGCCAGGCUCCGCCCACGUGCAGCAGUCCGGAGCAGUGUGACGAGUCUUCCUCAGAGUUCAUGAAGCAGCUCGGACCUAUUGGCCUUCCACACGACAUUGACGUCCAAUCACUAUUCGACGCCACAGGUCAGUGCUGUGCUCACCUGCAGUGUGCCACCUGGUCAGAGGGGGUUCGCAGAGGGGAGGGCCAAUCUCUGCUGUUCGUGGACAAAGCCAUAGACUCAGGAAGCAUUCAGGUGUGCGCGUUCUGCCGGCAUCUCGGUGCAUCGCUGCGUUGCCAGGAAACGGGCUGUACGCGGAGCUACCACAUGCCAUGUGCAGCUGCUGCAGGAGCAUGCCAAGACUGGAACCAGAGACGCAUACUGUGCACGCAGCACGCACGCACGGGCUCUUCACAAUGUAGGUUAUGUGCGGGCAGCGGAGACUCCGGCGGCCUUUUGAUGUGUUCUUGCUGUGGUAGCUGUUAUCAUGGCAGCUGCCUGGACCCCCCCGUAACUCCCUCACCUCUGAGUCGGGUUGGCUGGCAGUGUCCUCAGUGCCGUGUGUGUCGCAGCUGCAGUCUGCAAGGUGACAGUGGCGUGCUAUUGUGUGCGCGCUGUGAUAAAGCUUACCACGCUCACUGUCUCACGCCCCCGCUGGAUGAUGCGCCGCACGCUGCUUGGACCUGCAAGAACUGCAGAACCUGCCGCCGCUGUGGCGUCUCAUCGUCAGGCCGGUGGGCCAAUAACCCAUUCCUGUGUGAAUCAUGUGACCUGGCCCUGCCCUGCCCUCUCUGUGACCGAACUCCUGAUUCCCACACACCACAGGACUAUCUCACCUGUUCCUGCUGCUACAGGUGUGUCCAUGUUGAGUGUUCGGUCCAGGCUGGGGAGGGCAGGGCGGGGUCAGAGGGUUACAUCUGCUUUAGCUGCAAGCCCCAGGAGAGCGAGGAGCCAAUAUCACAAAGCCAUAGCCCAGCCCCGCCCACUGACGUUUUACAGCCCCGACCUCCCAGUAAUCCAGAUGUUCAUUCUGCUGACAGUCCUGUCCAGCUCCUCUGUUCAGAGGUGGCUCAGAGUCCUGCCAGUGGUGUCUGUGUGCCAUCACCGCAGCAUCUUACUCCCCCUCCGCCUGCAACGGAACCCAGUGCUGCAGUGUCUCUUUCAGAUGCUCAACCCAGUCCUUCACAAACUCACACGGAUUCCCCAAACAGUCAACUACUGCAUGCUAAAGAGAUCUAUCAGAGUCCUGCAGAAUCGCCUGCAGACAUCCAGCAGGAAGUGCAUCGAAGUCAGACACCAUCUUCCCCAAACCUCCAAAAAGAUCUUGCACUUUGUCUCGAAGAAAUUGGUCAAAGUCCAGCACUGUCUUCUGAAGAGAUCCAUCAGCAGUCAGCCACUGAUCUACAACAGAAUUCUCUGUUGUCUUCUGAAGACAUUCAGCCAAACCCUGUAAAAUCUUUAUUAGACUUCAGUCACAUUUUACCACCAUCUCCAUCAGACCUCCAGAUUCCUUCACCACCUCCUAAAGAGGUCUUUCAUGGUCUAACCUCUGAGAUCCAUCAAAAUCUUAUAUCAUCAUCUGAUGAGAUCGAUCCGAGUUCUUCAACACCAUCAGAAAAUAUCCAGAAAGUUUCUCUCGAAUCUUUAGAAGAGAUUCAGCAAAGUCCUGGAGCAUCCUCCAUGGACAUCCAGCAGAGCAAUGAAGAUUCUUCUGCGGAAAUCCAUCAGAAUCAGGCACCACCUUCUCUAAAAGUCCAGAAAGAUCUUGCUCCUUUAAACCAAAAAGGGAUUCAGCAAAGUCCCACAGGACCUUCAGAAAGUCUCCCCACAAGUCCUACAGCAUCUUUAGAGGAGAUUCAGCAAAACCCCAAAUCACCUUUAGAAAAGGCCUGUCAGAGUCCUGGAGCACAUUUACAGGAGAUGGCGCAAAGUCCUACAGCACCUUCAGAAAAGAUCACUGCAAGUCCAGCAGCAUCUUUAGAAGAGAUUCAGGAAAGCCCCAAAUCAUUUACAGAGAAGACCCAUCAGAGUCCUGGAGCACAUUUUGAGGAGAUGGUCCAAAGUCCUACUGGACCUUUGGAAAAGAUUGCUGCUAGUCCAGCAGCAUCUUUAGAAGAGAUUCAGGAAAGCCCUAAAUCAUUUACAGAAGAGAUCCAUCAGAGUCCGACGGCUCCUUUUGAGGAGAUGGUGCUAAGUCCUACUGGACCUUCGGAAAAGGCCUCCUCAAACCCUGUAGUAUCUGUAGAAGAGAUUCAGGAAAGCCCCAAAUCAUUUCUAGAAAAGAUCCAUCAGAGUCCUGGAGCACAUUUACAGGAGAUGGUGCAAAGUCCUACAGCACCUUCAGAAAAGGCCUCAUCAAGCCCUGCAGUGUCUGUAGAAGAGAUUCAGGAAAGCCCCAAAUCAUUUACAGAGAAGAUCCAUCAGAGUCCUGUUGCUCAUUUUGAGGAGAUGGUCCAAAGUCCUACUGGACCUUCAGAAGAGAUCACUGCAAGUACAGCAGCAUCCUUGAAAGAGAUUCAAGAAAGCCCCAAAUCACCCACAGAAGAGAGUCCUGCAGCACCUUUAGAUGAGAUGGUGCUAAGUCCUGCAUCACCUGCUGAAAAGGUUCUCACAACUCUUGAGCCUUGUUUGGCUGAGGUUCUUCCAAUUCUUGGUCCACCUUGUGAAGACAUCUGUCAGUCUGAUGGAAAACUUUCUCCUGAUCUCCAACAAGAACCUCCACUACCAGGUGACAACCCUCAAGAUCCUCAAACAUCUCCUGCAUCAAUGCCAUUGCCUGCAGAGUUUCAUGAAAGUCCUGCACAAACUCCCAAAAUAGACAAUCACAGUCCUGCUCCAUGUCCAGAAGAAGAUCUAGGUCCUUCAACAGUUUCUCCAUCUUCUCUAAUAGACAGCUCUCAGAGUCCUGGAUCGUUGAACACAAAGCUUCAACAAAGUUCUGCAUCAACUCUUGAAGAUGGUGCUCAGAGUCCUUCACCAAUUACUGAAGUGAUAACUCAUGAUCCUGAAAGAUUAGUUUCCAAGCUACAGGAAAACUACCCCCAGUCUCCUUCAGAACCACAGCAAUGUUCUGCACUAUCUUCUGAAAAAGCCUGUGGUGCUCCGGAGCCACAACCCGGGGUUAACCAGGACAGGGAUGACUCUUCAGACCAAAAGUCUGCUCCUUCUUCUCAAGAAUUUCUUCCAAAUCCUGAGCAGUCUCCCACGGAUCUCAAUAAAAGUCCAAAUAUUGGAUCUGAAGAAAAUCAACCUAGUCCUGUUUCAUCUCCCAAAGAGAUUGCUCAUGGUUCUGUAAUUUCAGCAGCUGAAGCAGCAGAGGUCCGUGAUGGUCCUUCAGAGAACGCUGAUCCCAUUGACUUUGAUGAGACACCCUCCUCCUCUCACACCCAUCAGGAAGAACCCCUACCCUAUCAUUCAGGCUCAUCUCCUUCUCCUGCUGAAAUUCAGCAAAGUCAAACUUGCCAGACUUCUUCUGUACAUGCCCAGCAGAACCCUUCUGAUCUCGGUCCCACCAUGGCACUGAAGCCUCGAGAAGAUCAGAGUCCUGUGCAGGAAACAUCCAUGUCCUUACUUGAACAGAGUCCAGCUCAGUCUGGGCUGGUUUGUACUAGAGAGGUUUCUGAGCCUGAGCACAGUCCUCCACCAUCCAGUGCUGGUCAGGAGGAUGAGACCCAACUCAGCAAAUCAUUUAGUCCUCUGAACGCCACCCCUUCACAGCAGGACUACAGUCCACAGCCAGGACAACUCAGUCCAGCACAAGGGGGCACCUCACCUCAAUGCUCCAAGCAGGAAGCAGAACCCAACCUGGACCAGAAAAACCCUGUGGAAGCCCCACAUAUAUCUGCACUGAACCAGGAUCACCCUCCAGAUUACUGCAGGCCAAGUUCUGCUCCUUGUAGCCCCUGUGCGUUCCCCCCGAUGCCAAGACCCCUCAGUCUGUCACAGCCUGCGAGCCCUGCACAGCUCCAGGCUCCAGCUGCCUCAGACCUGGGCUUGAACCAACACCAUACACUGGAAGUAAACCCUGGCUCCUUCAGCUCCACCUCUGCCUUGCCCAUUGGUCCUUGUGUCGAGACUAGCCCCCUCAUCCCUCCUGUCCAAACACCAGAAAGCCUUGAACACAUCAGCACUUCACAGGAACACAGUAGCCUAAAUUUCCUCCCUUCUGGGGAGGAAACCAAGGGGAGUCACUCCCCAUUGAACUCUGUUGAUCACAGUCCGUGUGGCGGUCCCUCCCCGUGUGCAGAUGCUAUUGAACCUGCAAGUGUCAGUCUCUCCCAGCUGACGCCUGCUGAAAGCUCUGUUACCUGCCAAUCCCAGAGCCCCCCCGAUGUUAUUUCUGUAGCUUCUGAGAUUUGUCUCCCAGUACAACCAACCAGCCCCAUGGCACCCACUGAGACCUGCUCAGUAGAACCGGAACCGGCUUGGGAUCCAGAGCAUGAGAAGCUACAGCAGGCUGAAUCUGAUCCCAGAAGCCCAGAGAAUCCGGCCCACUCAGAAACCCCCUCUUUUCCCCCCAGAGAUGUUUGUUCUCUUGCAGAGAUGGACUCACCACCAGCCUCCUCCAGUUCUCCACACUGUGCCCUGAUUGUCCCCCAGGACCAGGAUGACCAGUAUAGUUCCUGCCCUGCAGCUGCCACUCAAAGUCCUCCGAGGUCUCCUGCUAAUCGAGUUAGUCUCAUUCCCUCAGACCUUGCUCAGAAAGACAGCAGUCCUGAACAGACAGCUCCCACCUCCAUUAGCCUGCCUCAGGCUGCAGAAUCUGAAAGCCCAUCAAGCAGCCCCCACCAUCUGGAACAUGGGGCUACAACCAGUACCAGCCUUACUAAAGCACCUCUUAGCCCCUCCUCAGUUUUACCUUUGGACCAUUUGGCCAGCUCAGCAAGACCCAUUAAUCCCAGUGCCGCUCAGCUGGACCCAGAAUGUGUUCCACAAAUUAGUCAGACACCUGUUGACACCCCUUCAGAUCCAGAUGCUCCCAAAUCAGAAUCUGUCGUUUCUCAACUAGGACCAGCUCUGUCAGACAACUCCUCUCAAGUCGCUGCACAACACGCUAGCCCAGUCCAGACUGGUCCUGCUCAGGAUAACACUGUGAUGCCUUGCACUACCUUCAGCAGUGAAGCUUCUGCUACUCCUCCAAGCCCCACCCACAAUGAGGUGAGCCCUCCUCAGGUGGCUUCCCCAUUGCCCCCACAAGCUCAAUACAGCCCUUCACACCGAAGUCCAAUUGCAAGUCCUGCUUGUGACCUAGUAGCUUCAGAAACGCAGGGUCCAGAUCCCUGUCCUGAAAACUCUGAGGUUAUUCCUGGUCUACAUGCUGUUUUUCCUGAGGCUGAAACCUGCCCUGAUCUGGUUCUUACUAAUGCUGCACAGUUAAAGUCUGGUCCUGCAAGCCUCCAGUCAGCAGCUGCAAAUGACAAUGUGGAGAAAAAGCCGACAUCUUCUAAGGAGGACUUCCAUUACCCAGCUCAGGAGAGUCCAGAAGAAGACCAGGGGGGAGAAGAAGCAGAGGAGGUGCAGAGUCUUCUCAGAACUGUUCAAGCUCGUUCUCCUUCAGAGAUCCCUAAGGACCAACCAACUGAUGCUCCUCUCUCCUGUUCGCCAACUCCUUUUUCACCACCUGUUGCAUGCUCCUCCCCUCCACCACAGUCCCCUCUUUCGUCUCCCCCUCCAGGCAAGGAUGAGGCCUUGCCCCCCCUAAUGAUCCGGAUUCCCUGUGCGGAAAACUCUACCAAGGUAGAGGAGAGCACGCCUGUCAGCCAAUCAAUAAGCCCAAUAGACUUUGUUUCUACAAUGACAGAACCCACCAAAGAUGAGGACCGAUCACGUGCUAAACCUUCACAGAAAGAGGAGGAGCUUCAAGCAGAUGGCUGCCUGGGUUGGGAGGAACCGCCAAUGAAUGAAAAGCUGGAGGUCAAAGAGGCAAAAACCCACCAAUCAGAUGUUGAGGAAGAAGUGAAGCCGAUUAGCCCUGUUUUGGACCUCGGGUCUUCUUUAGACAUGGAGGUGAUGGAGCUGAUGACUUCCUCUCCUCCGCCCUCCCUCCUGCACCCUUCCUCUCCUAACUCUCCUGCCCCUUCCUGCAGGGGGAAAGGUCGGAUACUGAGGCCUCCCCCUUGCUCCUCCAGGCCCUCAGAUGAUCUCUCCAUACGACUUAGACAGUCUCCAUUCUCCACUGAGGCCUCCCCAGAAACCUCCCCAGCCCGAACCCCUGUCACCCCGCCUCCACUCACCCCACCCUCGCCUCCUCUGAUGUGCAGAGAUUCUCCUCCACUGUUUGAAUCUCAGGCCCCUCCCACAGUGCUCCCCUUCACCCCAAAGAUCGGCAUGGGGAAACCAGCCAUCUCCAAGCGGAAGUUCUCCUCUGGAAGAGCUCGGGUCAAGCAGGGUUUGUGGUGGAGCAGUCGCAGGACACUGAGCCCCCCCUCGUCCUCUCAGGACUCCAUGGGGGAGGCAGGGUGGGAGAGCUCCAAGCUGGACUCUCCUCUCUGGAGCUCAACAGUGGGUCGUGGUUCAGGCUUUCCUGGCAGAAGGAGGUCUAGAGGAGGAGGUGUUGGAGGAGGAAGAGGAGGGAGAGGAAGAAGCCGACUGAGGACCAUGGACGGUUUAGCUGUGACAACAGCAACUGGCUUUGUGGAGCCUUUCCAAACCAAAGAGGAGGAGGAGAAUUCCAUGCACAACACAGUGGUGAUGUUCUCCACCUCAGAUCACUUCACCCUCAAACAGGACAUGUGUGUGGUGUGUGGGAGCUUUGGUCAGGGAGCUGAGGGCCGCCUGCUGGCCUGUUCUCAGUGUGGACAGUGUUACCAUCCUUACUGCGUCAACAUCAAGAUUACUCGGGUGAUCCUGACCAAAGGAUGGCGCUGUCUGGAGUGUACCGUGUGCGAGGCUUGUGGUGACGCCAGCGACCCCGGCCGUCUACUGCUCUGUGACGACUGUGACAUCAGCUACCACACCUAUUGCCUGGACCCGCCCCUCCACACUGUCCCAAAGGGAGCGUGGAAGUGCAAGUGGUGUGUGUGGUGCGUUCAGUGUGGCUCCACCUCCCCUGGUGUGCAUUCUGACUGGCAGAGGAACUACAGCCUGUGUGGGCCGUGCUGCAGCCUGAGCCGCUGCCCUGCAUGCCAGCAGGCCUAUGCCGAGGAUGACCUCAUCCUGCAGUGCCAGCAGUGCGACAGGUGGGUCCAUGCCACAUGUCAGGGUCUGUGCACGGAGGACGAGGUUGAGGUGGCCGCCGACGAGGGCUUUGACUGCUCGCUGUGCAAAGCACACGAGCGUGGCACCUAUGGAAGGGCAGAAGCUCUGGGUCCUCACGUGCCUCACAUCAUGUCCAAAAUCAGAGAACCGGACACUAAGAUCUACACUCAGGAUGGCGUGUGCCUCACUGAGUCAGGGCUCUCUCAGCUGCAGUCUCUAGUUGAACCUCUAAGCUCUCCACGUAGAUAUCGCAGCAGGUGUAAGCCCAAACUGAAGCUGAGGAUCACCAACCAGAACAGCGUGUUUGUCCUGCAGACUCCAGUGCAUGGAGACCUGUCCCUGGAGCAGGAACACGGCAGAGGCGAGUUGGAUUGUGACAUGAAAUCAGACUCCAGCCCUGAGCGGGACCGCGUUCUUGAUGAUGAUCUCACCAAGGAUUCAGAGGUCUGUGACAACAGCAAAAAGAGGAAGAGGAAGCCCUACAGGCCUGGGAUCGGGGGCUUCAUGGUGCGUCAGCGGGGGGGUAAGGCCGGUCCGAGCAGAAUGAAACUGUGUAGAAAAGAUUCCAUGGAGGGUGAAGGAAUGUUGGAUGCUGAAGUUUCCAUGGAAACAGCUCCCUGUGCUGGUCCCGUGAUGGACAAAGUGAAAAGGAGGUAUCGGAAGAAGAAGGGGAAGCUGGAGGAAGCGUUUCCAUCUUACCUCCAGGAGGCCUUCUUUGGGCGGGACCUUCUGGACCGCAGUCGACAGUUGGAGAAAGCAGUGGGGGGAGAAGUGCAAGGAAGCCUCCAGACAGGAGUAGCGACGGAUCACAUAAAAGUCCCUGUUAACGGGUCACAGGGCCUCCACACUGGACUCUCUGCCAGCGCCAUGGCAACUAACAGGAAGCAGGGAACACUGCCCAUUUCUGAGGAAGCUCUUGUGGAUCUGUCAGACGUCCUCAACACGGACCCUCACAUCCUGGCCACGGGACACGCAGGUCAGUUCCAGGUGGAGCGCUCCCCAUCUCCGUUUGCCGGCCUUGACAUCAACUCCAUGAGCGACAACCCCUCCCUGACCUCUGACCCUGCUGGAGGUUGUAGCCGUGGUCUGAAGGUUGCGCAGGACGAGCCUCUGGAUGCUAUCUUGAGUCCUGAACUUGACAAGAUGGUGUCAGAUGGCGCUAUUCUCGGCCGGCUCUACAAGAUCCCAGAGCUGGAGGGGAAGGACGUGGAGGAGGUCUUCACGGCUGUUCUGAGUCCAGGAAGCAGGAGCAGCCAACCGGAUCCCAACCAGCACGCACAUGCUUCUGCAGUCACCAAACUGCACACACAGGCUGCAGCGUUUCCUCGUCUGCCUCUCAUGAAUGGACUCAUGGAAUCUGCUCCUCGAUUUCCCAUGAUCCCCGGUGGCCCUCAGGGAGAAGCUGGCUUCAGGAUGGCUCACCCAGAAGGCCCUGGCUCCACUCCUGUGCAGGGCACCGCCCCAGCGUCAGCUUCAGCCAGUCAGGCAGCAGAAUGUGAACAGGACGGGCUGUCCACAGCUCAGAGGGGCAUGUUGAAGUGGGAGAAAGAAGAAAGUCUGGGAGAGCUGGCAACCGUUGCCCCGGUGCUCUACUGCAAUACCAACUUCCCCCAUCUGAAGGAGCAGUACCCAGACUGGCCCACCAGAGUAAAGCAGAUUGCUAAACUGUGGAGGAAGGCCAGCUCUCAGGACAGAGCGCCCUUCGUGCAAAAAGCUCGGGACAACCGUGCUGCACAGCGCAUCAACAAGGUGCAGCUGUCGAACGACCCGAUGAAACACCUUCAGCCCUCGCAGCAGCAGCAACAGACGCAGCCGCCACCACCGGGAGCCUUUGACCCCGUUUCCAUGGAGCUGGAGAUGAGCUUCAAGGACCCACUAAGGCCCAGAGAGUCAGAGCAAGAACAGGAGUGGAAGAUGAGACAGCAAAUGCGUCAGAAGAGCAAACAGCUGGCAAAGAUGGAGGCGACACAGAAACUGGAGCAGGUGAAGAACGAGCAGCGACAGCAGCAGCAGCUCCUCAGCAGCCAGCGGCGCCCCGACUGUCUGUCGCCAGAGUCUUGCAGCUUAUUGGACCACACCCAUCAAUCUGGUUCUGGAGACAGCACCUCCCCCCUUCAUUUACCACCAGGAGGCAGGCAGCACCCCAACCUUCAGGGGGGGUCUGCUCCAGCAGAUGAUGUCUUCCUCCGUCCACAAGCCCCCGCUCCAUCAGGGCUGUCCUCGCUCCCUCAUUCACCACAUGCCUCCUCUCCUCUUCAUCAGCCCCCUUCCUCCCCUCAAAUGUUCUCUCCGCCAUCUUCACGCCCCUCUUCGCCUUGGGAUCCCUAUAGUAAAGUACCAGGGACCCCUCGCCCCCAAACAGCUCCAACCCCUCAGCUCCAGCAACGGGGAAAUUCCCUCACCUCCUCCCCAUCACAUGAUGCCAUGAACUCUCCUAUCCCGUCCCCUGACUCCAAAGAUGCCCCCCGGGUCCCUGGCCCUCAGACAGGUCUGCAGCAGAGCAGGUCCGGUAUGUUAAGCCCCUCCUCUGGGAUCAGAACUUUGGACACCCACCAGAGGACGAACACACGUGGGGAUGUCUUCAAAGCCCCCAUGCCCCCCCAGCUGCAGCUUCAGCAGGAGGUGUUGGGCAGCACAGCAGGAGGAAGGAGGGACCCUUCCCGACCUGCAGAUCUGGGUUACUCUCUUGCACAGCCCCAGCAGGACCUCUCCUUCCCCUCCAGCCCCCUCUCAGGACUGGGCUCCCCCCACCGUAGCCCAUAUUCUCAGGCACCUGGAACCCCCCGCCCGGACUGUAGCGAUCCCUUCUCCCAACAGUCUCCUCUGAGCUCCCGGCCCUCGCCAGAUCCCUACAGCAACCCCCAGACCCCUGGGACACCGCGUUCUCACUCUGACCCCUCCUACCUCACCACCCCCCCUGCACUAAGACUGGACCACUAUAAUCAGCAGCCAGCCACCCAACGCCCGUCUCCCUCACACCCACCUCUAGAACCCUACGCCUCCAACCCUGGGACUCCCCGCCCUUCAGACCGCAUUCCCCGUUCUCCAGUAAACCAGCGCAGUUCUGACCCCUACUGCCAGCCCGUGGGGACGCCACGGCCCCCCACUGAACCGUACACACAGCAGCCCUCCACACCUUGCUCCCAUAAGAGCCAGGAGUCCUUCAGCCAGACUGCAGGGGAGAGUUUUCUUCCCCAGCAUGGAGCCUGUGGUACUUCCCCCCUGACUCUUGGACUGUCUACAGAGCCAGGGGCCUUCACACCGACCCCCCACCAGCGUUCUCCUGGAAAACAGCCGGACUCCUUUCCAAGGACCCCAAAGCACCUGGGCAACCCCGAUGAGGCCAGCCUAAACCCCGGUCAGGACCCCUUUGAGCAGGGUCACAUGACUAGAGGCUCCUCCCAGACUGAGUCAAAAACAGCCAAUAUGAUGUCAGCUGCUCCUUCUUUAGAUGGACCAAUGAGUGUGCUUGCAGACUCGGAGGAGAAGCUCAGACAGCGUCAGCGGCUCCGGCAACUUCUCUUGUGGCAGCAGCAGCAGAAGAACGCCCUGCGACAGGAGAAAGCUCUGCAGGAACCCCCUGCUCCUCAUAGUUGGAGUCAGGACAACUCCUCCAGCGCUCCUACAGCAGCCGGGUUUGGCCGUCCUCCACCCCCCUACCCUGGCACGGUGAGGCCAUGUGGGCCUCCUACCCCCAGAUUCCCCACACGUUUUCCAGUGGAGCAGCAGAGCGGGUUCACCUCAAUGGAGGAUACAUUCCCAAGGCAGAGCAUGCCCAGAGAGCUGGCUGUUAGACCACCAGAUGUGAGAUUUGGAGCUUUAACAGGUGUCCAGGAGUCUCUACUGCAUCACCCCCAGGGUCAGGCAGAAGGGCAUCCUGUCCAGAUGAGGAGGCCCGCGGACUUCAGCAAUAUUCACCCAAUGAUGGGCACCAACAUGAUGCCAGGUCUUCCCCAGCCUUUCAUCCCUCGCCCCCACCCAGUCCAACAGCACAACAUGCCCUACAUAGAACUACGACACCGCGCUCCAGAGAGCCGCCUGAGGCUGCCCUUUCCCCUUUCUGCCACUCCAGACCUCAAGGGCCCACUCCUUAACCCUAGAGACCCCCACACUGCCAUGGUCCGAGCUGGUCACGGUCCACUCCGGUUGGGGGACACCAUGCUUGGCCAGCAAAUGGUGAUGAGCGGAGGAAUAGAACAGCUGAGCCAGCAGCACAUGGCUCACUCUGUGGCUCUUGGUCAGAGUGGAGAGACGACGAUGCCUGGUCCUGAUGGGAUCGAGCACCUGGAUGGGGAGGACUCUGCUGUAAAGGACUUGGAGGAUGUGGAAGUGAAAGAUCUGGUUGACCUGAACCUAAACCUGGACCCUGAAGAUGGUAAAGAGGACCUGGACCUUGGGCCAAAUGACCUACACCUGGAUGACUUCCUUCUGUCUGGGAAGUUUGACCUGAUUGCGUAUGCUAUGGACAUGGUUAAUGAGGAGCUGGACCUUGGAGAGCCAGUGGAGGAGAAGGAGGGGCGAGAAAAGAGAGACGGCAGCGGCAGCUCCAAGAGAACUGAGAGCCACGCCCACUUGCCGGAGAAGGUGAAGCAGGAAGGGGAGGGGGCUAUGAAGACAGAAAGUGGCAGCGUCCUCUCAGCAGCUCAGCUUCCUACAAAACAUCUGCGGGGUCCUGCUCCCCCUGGAGGAGAAGGAGUAGAGACUGGACUUCCUGGGGUUGUCAAUAAGGACAAGCUGGAACACUCUGGUAGAGUUGCAGGUUCAGGCCUCCAGCCCCUAGAUCCGCCUCCACCCACAGGCAUGGCCAGGGCCCCCCUCCCUGCAGGUCAUCCACCUGUUUUUCAGCAGCAGAGACCCUUUACACCCUCCCCCCACCCGCAUACUAAUCUGGGUGGCACCUCUGGACCUGCCCACCCAGUGCCUGUUCAGCCUCACGUCUUACUGACUCCACAGAGCCAGCCAGCGUCCUCCACCCAGGCCCAAACGCAGUCACAGAACCAGAACAAAGCCAGGCCUCUGCUCCUGGAGGAGCAACCGCUUCUCCUGCAGGACCUGCUGGACCAGGAGCGCCAGGAGCAACAGCAGCAAAAGCAGAUGCAGGCCCUGAUCAGACAGAAGCCUGCCUCUGAGCCUGUGCUGCCCAACACGGCAGACUUUGACUCCAUACCAGACCCCAUCAUGAAGGCUAAGAUGCUGGCUCUGCAGGGCAUCAACAAGGUGAUGAGUCAGGGGAGCCUGGGCCUCAACCCUAUGGUCAUCAACAGGUUCCAGCAGGCUCCAGUGGCCCCUGGCCCUGAGGGGCCUCUUCAACCUCCUCAGGUGGUGCCACAGGAUGGAAAGCUAAACCCUCAACUGGUGCGACGUAACCCCCCCAGUUCUGGCUCGGGCUUCGUCAACGAGUCUCAGCGCCGUAAAUAUGAGGAGUGGCUCGGGGAGACCCAGCAGCUCCUGCAGAUGCAACAGCGCCUCCUGGAGGACCAGAUCUCCACCCACCGCAAAGCCAAGAAGGCUCUGUCUGCAAAGCAGAGGACCGCUAAAAAGGCAGGACGAGCCUUUGCUGAAGAGGACGCAGCACAGCUGCGCUACAUCAGCGAGCAGCAAGGGGUGGUGCAGAAGCAGCUGGAGCAGAUCCGGAAGCAGCAGAAGGACCACACAGAACUGAUUGAAGACUACAAGAACAAGCAGCAGAGACCGCUGCCGCUCCCUGAAACCCCUCAGAAAACACUCCCCCAGCCUUUAGCACCAAUACCACCUCACCAAGGAGGCCCCACACAGUCCCGCCUUCCCAAUGCCUCGCCCGGAUGGAAUCCAGGGGCGGGGCCUCCGAGACCAGUGGGACAGAGGAUGCCGCUUCAUCUGCCCCCUCAGAUGACACCAAGGCUGCCUAAUAACCCACAGACAGCCUCAACCAUGGUCCCUCCUCUUACACCUCCCACAGCAGCUUUCACUGCAGGGCCUCGAGGUCCUGCUGGAGGGCUCGGUGGAACCUCUGGGGAUGGAACUGCACCCACACCUCAGGUAAAGUUUGACGACAACAACCCUUUCAGCGAGGGUUUCCAGGAGCGAGAAAGGAGGGAGCGCCUGAGAGAGCAGCAGGAGCGACAGAGGGUCCAGCUGAUGCAGGAGGUGGAGCGGCACCGGGCUUUGCAGAAGAAGCUGGAGCAGCAGGACUUGGAGCCUUCUGGAUCUGUGGCUAAAGGAGUAUCCUCCACCCCUGGUGGGGACGGUCUAACCCACCUCACCUUCCUCAGCUCUGAGCCUGGACUGGACCUGCUGCAGUCCUCGUCUUCAUCGUCCAGAACAACACUGCAGCAUCAGGGGCAGGCAGGUCGACCGUUUCCCCCGCAGACGGGCCUCCAGCAGGGCUUCACAGGGGAGCGCCUUCAUCCUGGACCUCACCCGGCUGCAGACCUGAUUUCUGGACAGACCUCAGAGGGAGGCAGGGAUGUGGCUUCAUCCCUCCAGAACAGACAGAGGCUGACGGCCCUCCCUGGAGCCACAGCCCAGAGCCAGCGCCUCACUGCAGCCACACCAAUGACCCCCUCUCAACCCCAGUGCCACCACUUUGAACAUGACUCGUCCUCUUCCUCCCCCUUGAACCCCCCACCUUCAUCCUUCCCAUGUGCUGCUGGAAGCCCCGCCUCCCUGCUGCAGAUGUACUCUGACAUCACCACUGAAGACAAACCAACGAAAAGGAGCAGGAAGAAGGAGGGAGAAGAUACAGCAGGAGGGGCCAAAACACCUUUGUCACCACACUCUGACAUCACUGCCCCACCCACACCUGCUGUCUCCGACACCUCUUCCUCCACGCCCACUCACCAGGCGGAGACUCAGUUCCCUCAAGGCUUCCCUGGUCUGGCUCCAUCCUAUGAGCUGGAGCGGCAGCUCUCAGCGAGCAGCGUGGCCCAGAAGAGAGCUCCUGUUACUGGCAUGGAUAUGCAGAGAGGCGGCCUGUCUGCUGCUCUCCUGGAGGUCAAGCAGGAGGAGUGCAUGGAGAUGAGGACGUGUGGAGGAGGAGUGGUGAAGAUGGAGGAAGGCGGCGGAGAUGGAUUCUCUUCCUCUCUUCAGGGAGGAGACCGUGGAAAGGAGCUGCUCAGACACCUGCUCAAGGAGAAGGCAUCGCCUGCCAGCACACCUUCACCUACCAGACAUGCUCCACCCCCUGCCUGCCGCCAGCUGUCCAAUGACAGCCUGCGCUCUGAAGAGGAGGAGGGACCAGGCUCCUUGGUGCUGAGGGACAGUUCUGGUGCAGAGCUUCUGAAGAAGAACCAGCGCUGCAGGAGACCAGCCCGACCCGACAAAGACAGAGCCCCCACCAAGAACAAGAGAAGAAAGAAAGAAGAGGAGGAGAAAAGUCUGCACUCGUCUUCUGACCCUCUUGUGACACACCUCAGACAGCUGUCGAUGCUGCCCCUUAUGGAGCCAGUCCUGAGGGUGGAUCUGAGUCUGUUCCCCCCAUAUGGCAGCUCCUCGCUGGGCAAAGACUCCAGGCUGACCGGCUCCUUUGGAAACGCCUGCCUGGACGGAGUCACUGACUUUUACUCCCAGCUCAUAUACAAGCAGAAUAACUUGAGUAAUCCCCCCACGCCUCCAGCCUCUCUGCCCCCCACCCCUCCACCCGUGGUCAGACAGAAAAUGGUGAACGGUUUUGCCAGCACAGACGAGCUAUCCAGGAAAGACGUGAGCGAGCAAGAAGUUAAAGGACCUCUGAAGCAGAAAGGGGACGGGCUUCAGGCUAUAAACCCCCCCUCCAAGACUGUAGAUGUCCCAGCCUCCCUCCCGACCCCGCCGCAUAACAACCAGGAGGAGCUCCGGGUCCAGGACUCCUCUGAACGCAACAGUCCGGAGGGUUUUGUGCCAUCGUCAUCUCCGGAGAGUGUGGUGGACAUGGAGGUGAGCAGGUAUCCUGACCUGUCUUUCAUCAAGCUGGAGCCUCCCUCACCCUGUCCGUCACCUACCUUACCCAUCACGCCGUGUGCUGGGGGCAAAGGCUCCGCAGUGAAGCAGGAGGUUAAAACGGAACCAAACCAUCAAACUCCACUUCCCUGCUCUAACACAGACCUUGUCGCCAUAGCGAUAACUCUCAACCCUGUUGCAGCUCAGAACGUUCAGGGUGUGAUGGCGGCGGUGGCGGAACUACUGCGGGUCCCCGUGCCCGCCAACUUUCAGCUGAGCCGGGCUGCCGGCCCCGAGCAGAGCUCUCUGGCCUUACUAGCCAGAGUGCGUGUGCCGCUCCCACAGGCGGCUGUGGGCUGCAGAGCACAGAGACCUGCAGCAGGAAGUCGACCUCAGUGUUGCAUUCACUGCAAGGCGGUGCUGGGAAACAGACUUCAUGUGGUCCAGGAGUUCAAGCAGGACGGCCUGUCCAAGCCUGGAUCCAGUUUGAUGUUCUGCAGUCCAAACUGUUCUGCCUUAUACUCCAACCUGCAGUCUCGUCCCACAGGCAGCAAGCCUGAGGUGCCCGAGCUGCUGUCUGGGACUGAUCACAACCCUUCCAGUAGAGCACAGCACCAGUACACCAACAACAUGUCAUCGAUCGCUGUCCACUCCCUUCCCCACAGCUUUUCUUUUCCCCCCUCCUCCUCCCCUCCUCCUUCUUUCCCUCCUGCGUCUGCCAUCACUAUGGAAACGCAGCCUCGCACAGAUAGCCUCAAGGUGAAGGUGAAGUUGAAGCCCCACCCUCGGGCGCUUCCACCUGGUGAGGACUCGCCGACAUGUCGACAUGGAAAAAAGAUGAAAACUUGCCGGUGGAGGCGCUGGAGCGUUAGCAUCACCUUCAGCAGGGGUCCUUGUGCUCCCAAUGAGGAGGUUGCCAUGCCGACAGAGGAGGAAGUGGAUGUGCUGCUGCAGAAACUGGGCACAUGUCUGCGCCCUGAUUCUUUACCCAAAGACCAGCGGCGCUGCUGCUUCUGUCACCAGCAGGGGGAUGGACAGACAGACGGCCCAGCCAGACUCCUCAACCUGGACCUGGACCUGUGGGCGCACUUGAAUUGCGCUCUGUGGUCCAGCGAGGUGUACGAGACUCAAGCCGGCGCCCUCAUCAACGUGGAGCUGGCCCUCAGGCGCGGCCUGACACUACGCUGCGCUUUCUGCCACCAAACUGGGGCCACCAGCGGCUGCAACCGCCUCCGCUGCACCAAUACCUACCACUUCACCUGUGCCCUGCAGGCCCACUGCACCUUCUUUAAGGACAAGACCAUGCUGUGCCCACUUCACAAGCCCAGGAUGGUUCCUCUCGGUGGAGACAGGUCAUCCAGCUGCUCCCCCUCCUCCACACCAGGGGUCAUCUCUGACCCCAUGGUGCUCUCUGACCCUUACGACUCGGAGCUGCGCUGCUUCUCCGUGUUUCGCCGUGUGUUUGUGCAGCGGGAUGAGGCACGGCAGAUCGCCGCUAUUGUACAGCGUGGCGAGCGCCAGCACACCUUUCGCGUCGGCAGCCUGCUGUUCCGCACUGUCGGCAGGCUCCUCCCACAUCAAAUAAGCACCUUCCACAAUGAGACCGCCAUCUUCCCUGUGGGUUACCAUGCCAACCGCCUCUACUGGAGCAUGCGCCACAGCAACAGACGCUGCAAGUACAUGUGUCACAUUGAGGAGGUCGGGGGUCAGCCGCUCUUCAAAGUCAAGGUGGUGGAGAAGGGCUACGAAGACCUGGUUCUGACUGGACCUUCACCAAAAGCUGUGUGGGACCAGAUUCUGGAACCUGUGGCUCAGAUGAGGAGCUCCAGUGGGACCCUGAAGCUGUUCCCAGCAUACCUGAAGGGAGAGGAUCUGUUUGGUCUGACCACGUCUGCAGUGAGCAGGAUCAUUGAGUCUCUCCCCGGCGUGGAGGCCUGCGAGCGCUACACCUUCCGGUACGGCAGGAACCCGUUAAUGGAGUGGCCUCUGGCCUUCAAUCCAUCAGGCUCGGCUCGUUCUGAGCCCAAGCCUUGUCAGGCCAAAAGGCCCUACUUGCUGACCAGCGUUGCUCCCAGGUGUCAGGGCUCUGUGGGCGCCAUUGUGGGCGCCGUCCCUGGAGUCAUCUCUCUUUCGCCAGGGGAGUCGGUGGCUGCCGCCCAUCAAGGCCGCCACUCCAAGGCAGCUCAGUACCGGCGCAUGAAGGCCGAGUGGAAGAGCAACGUGUACCUGGCCCGCUCUCGCAUCCAGGGUCUAGGGCUGUACGCCGCCAGAGACAUCGAGAAAUGCACAAUGGUCAUCGAGUACAUCGGCGCCAUCAUCAGGAGUGAGGUGGCAAACCGUAAAGAGAGACUUUAUGAGUCUCAGAACCGAGGCGUCUACAUGUUCCGGAUCGACAAUGACUACGUAAUCGACGCCACCAUCACUGGUGGACCCGCCAGGUACAUCAACCACUCGUGCGCUCCCAACUGCAUCACAGAGGUGGUGAAUGUGGAGAAGGAGAACAAGAUCAUCAUCAGCUCCUGCAGGCGCAUCCAGAGAGGAGAGGAGCUUUCCUACGACUACAAGUUUGAUCUGGAGGACGACCAGCACAAGAUCCCAUGUCACUGUGGAGCAGUGAACUGCCGCAAGUGGAUGAACUGAACACACACAAUCACACACACAAUCGCACACACAGGCAGCUCUCUCAGCUCUCUCCUUGGUGGGCGGAGCUUUUCUCUGAUUAUCAAUCAAUAAUAAUACUAUAGCUGGUCUGUUUGAUCAGAGAUGUUAAUAAUAUUAAUCAUGGUGGGUUCAGUGACAGAUGAGGGAUGGAUUAUAUGUAUUGUGGGUGGGGCAUGGACAAAAGGGGCGGUGCUCAAGAAGAGGCUGGUCCUCUGUGUAAAUGGUGUAAAUGUGAGUCUGAACUCUGAAACAGAAUGUCGUCCUUUAACUUGCACUAAAACAAAACGACAAACACAAACAUACUUGAUUCCACAAGUCGCUCCUCCUCCUCUUCCUCCUCCUCUUCCGUGCGUUUAAUUUCCUGUAAAAUAAGAGAUUUUGUCUUUUGUAUUUAUUACUGAAUGAAGCUAUUUUCUAAUCCUGAGGUGUGUUUAAGGCCCAGAGUGGCAGCAUGUAAAUAUCUGUACUAUAAAGUUUAGACUUCACUCUGCUAAAAGCCACGCCUUCAUCCUCACCUCAACCCAGGUUGCGCUGUGAUUGGACAGUUGUGACCACGCCCCUCAUCUGCCUUUGAUGGUUUUUUUCUGUGUUGGGGCUGCAGGCGGCGCAGAGGCCUCCUGCCAUGUACAUACGAGGGUUUAACGUGUACAGACACAAUAUGAAGCCUUGUUUUUGUUUUUUAAUUAAUGGAUGUAAACAAAGUGAUGUUUUUCUUUUGUUUUGGGGAAAUAUGGUGAAUCUGAUUUAGAAUCAUUUACAGAAAAUAAAAUAUUUUACAUCUGAA